CGGUGGCAAACAAGCAUACGGCCCGCCACCGAAGCCUAUGGACGCCUGCAACUCCAGAGGUGUUACAUGCGCGUUGCCGACCUUUUAAAAACCUGUACACUCCUUGUUUGGGGAACCCCAUAACCGGCCCCGAAUCCUGUUCAAGAAGCCAUGUGACGUGACGCUGGUGAAGUGCCGAUGGUGGUCGAAGGAGUUCAAGUGUUCGGAGAUGUUCCUCGAGGUGGUCACCGUCGUCGGCCACUGCUGUCAAUUUGACCUCACUCAUUUUAAACGUUUCGCCCCCCGGAACACAAAGUUUGUACCUGGCAACACAAUUUACCAGGGUCUCGAAGUCACUGUGAAUGGUGUUAAAGAAUAUGCAAAUGGAACUAAACGCGAUGGACCAGUAUUGAUGUACAUUUUCGACCCUAACAAUAAGGUCACCUCGAUAGACAGCCCCAUAUCUUUAGCGCCAUCCAGCUAUUUCGAAGUGGAAAUCGAGAUCUUUGCCAUCGAUUCCUCUCCAGAGGUCAAAGCCCUGCCUCUGAAGACCAGGAAAUGCUCCUUAAGUACAGACAGAGCCAUCGGAGCCAGUUUCUACCAAAAAUGCAUUUCAUCGCUGCUAGUGAGAAAAGUUGUGAAUUUGUGCAAAUGUCUCCCAUUUAUGUAUUCAGCUGCAGACUUGUCCGUAGAAGACUACCCGAACUGUACCUGGGAGAGAUAUCUAUGUAUAAUACCACAAAAGGAAGUCACUUUUGCGGACAUGCACUCUCUCAUUCGCAUGAACGACUGCUACCAGAGCUGUGACUACGUGGAGUACGACCCGAAAGUGGAGUUCGUACGAAAAUUGAAAAACGGCAAGAACAAAAACUACACCAAGCUAGCCGUCCACUACGCAUCUCGUACCUGCAUGAAGUACAGGAGACAGAUCAUCUACACCUGGGAUCAGAUGUUAGCUAACCUCGGUGGAAUCUUUGGUCUUUGUUUGGGCGGCUCGUUUAUCAGUCUCAUCGAAAUUGUAUGGUUCCUCAUAGACAUCCUCCUCACCACAAUCAACAGUUACAGACAGAAGAAAAAGACAGUUAUACGUGUUAACGAAAAAGAUAAGAAACACGGCAGAGACGAUAAUGGCUAUUACAAGUUUGCAAAUUAGAUUACUCGUUGGCGUGAAUGAAGAGAGAACGAUCGCUUCUCCAUAUAGUUCGUGAUAUCCACGAUGACGCGUAGAUUUGUCAAAUCUAACCUUUAAUCAUAUGUGAAUACGAGUCAAGGCAGGCGUCUUCGUAAAUGACACGAUUUAUAGAAACGUAGUCCCCAAAUGUCCUCCCUGGAUAUUAUGUGUGCAGCGUUAUUGCUACUGACUUUAUUGCUGUUGCAAGUGUCAUAAAACUGGGCGUCAAUAUUUAUUUUGACAUGUGUUGUGCAUCAAGACAUCUAU